AAGAUGAACGGAUUAGCAGAUAUUAACAUACUACCAAGUCAUGCAAUAUUUACUUUGCCACCUAAAACAAGAAGGAUGUCUAGUUCGAAUCAAGCAUUAUCUAAUUGUCCACAAUUAUUAGUUAAUUCUUUAUCGCAAUUGCUAUCGCAAAUGCUAUCACAAUUGCUAUCACAAUCUCUUCCACAAUCGUCAUCACAACUAUUUUCACAAUCAUCAUCACAACCAUUUCUACAAUCACUUCUGCAAGCACCUUUACAAGUAACUUCACAAAUACCUUUGCAAACAAAUAAUUUUUCAUUACAACCAUUAAAUAAUUUUUUUUUAAAUUUAUCUAAUGUUUCUUCACAAAUGUCACCAAAUGUUCUCUUGCAAAUUCCCUUACAAAUGCUGCCAAAUAUUCUUUUACAAAUACCACCUUUAUAUAUACUAUUUUCUCAAUUAUUGCCCAAUAUUUCUUUACAACCCUAUUUCAUACUAUUUUUAAUUUUUCCUAAUUUACAGCCAUUAUAUGCUUCAACAAAUAAUUUAAUGUUACGAAAAUUAUCAGCAACUUAUUUAAAAUCUGUUCCUAAACUUGAUGAAUUUUUAACAAAAAUAGACGAAGCUGAGAACACAGAUG